CAGACAUAUGCUAGGCUUGCGCAACAUACUGUGACACACUUCCUUCUUCGCCCGUUGCUCGGUAGCUUGUCAGACUGAUCCAAGCGCACACUGGAGUUGUAUGCGAGCAAUAGAACCAAUCCGGCACAGAAGAAGCAAAUUAUCCGAAGCGCGUUGGCAGCUUACCAUGCGUUUGGCGACUGGCGCGCUCGUCGCGUCUCUGCUGGCCUUUGCAGCAUGGGAGGUCGUGGGGAGCACAGCAACCACUGACGCUGCCUUAAAAGUACCGGCUAGCGUGAAAUGGACGCCGCGCCCGAACAGCAAAGCAGCGGGCGGGGAUUCGCCUGCCUCUGAACUCUCUAAAUCAAUGGACCUGCUAUCUAAGGGAAAAUACGAGACCCUUAAGGACGUGGAGGUGGUGUGGCAGCUGCCGGCUGCGGGCGCGGCGGCGGCCAAGGGGGUGGUGUUCCUGGCGCACGGCUGCAGCCACGGCGCCGUGGACUUCUGGCCCAAGAGCGCGGGCUGCCCGCAGUGCACAGGCCUGCCCGAGGAGAUGAACAUCACGCUGCACGUGCUCACACGGGGCUACGCGGCAGUGGCCAUCUCCAGCUAUGACCGCCGCAUGUCCAGGUGCUGGCAGAACAUGUGGGGCUCUCGGGAUGAGAUCCUCAACUCCGCAUCCGACCAGGCGGACUUCACCCGGGUGGAGACUGCCCUGAAGGCGCUGCUGGCUCGCGAGCGCCUGGAGGCGGCGCCGCUGUUCGCGUUCGGCGCCUCCAGCGGCGGCGGCUUCGUGCUGGGCCUGCCGCCGGUGAUGCCGGGCGUGUUCAGCGGAGUGGCGGCGCAGAUCAUGGGUGGAGCGCCCAAGCAUUUUGAGGCCUACGAGCGCGCUCGCGAGACGGACAGUGUGGUCAGCCACUGGCCGCCCACCGCGCUGGUGCACAUGCCGCGGGACGGCCACAUCGGCACCCUGGUGGGCAUGAACCUGCAGGAGCUGAAGGCGCUGAAAAUCCCGCACUUGGAGAUCCAGAUCCCGCCGCAGCCCCUCACGCCCCUGUACAUGGUGCAGCGCUGUGCCCCUGAGGUGGAUGAGGCCACCAGCAAGGCCAUCUACGAAGCACUCAAGGCCGCGGACUACCUGGACGCGGAGGGCUUCCUGCGCCACAACCCCCGACUGGCGCCAGACUGGCGCCUGAUCCUGCAGCGCGCCAACGUGCCGGGCGUGACCAGCGGCAAGCUGCGCCUGGAGCCCGACCUGAGCCCCCUGGCGGAGGAGCUCAACCACCUGUACGGCGCGCACGAGAUCAGCUCCGAGUCCACCACCGACCUGUUGGACUGGUGGGAGGCGAGCCUGGCGGCCAUCCCCGCCGACAUGCGGGCGGUGGGGAUACACGGCGAGCAGGUGGAGACCGUGAGGCGGUGAGGCGGUGAGGGUGACAAGGCUGUGAUGAGGCGGUGAUGGUGACAGGGUGGGGUGCGGAGUUACUAGAAGAUUAGAACCAAAGCUCAAGGUAAGGUCAAGUGUUGAGCGAGUUCUUGGCAUGUUAGCAAGAUGGCUAUAUGGUAUUGUGGUGGCCGAUUCUUUUGGAUGAGCAGCUUAUGGUGGCAACUGGAGGUCAGCCGUGGUGGCGUAGGCCGGUGCUCGGGGGUUGGCGAGUGCGUGGUCGCGCUGGUGGCGGACGAGGAGAGGGGUAGCCGUUCAUGGGGCACGGAGUGAUUGGGGGCGCGUACCGGUAUUCAUGACACGUAGGCGCGCAUUUGGUGCACCGCACCGGCGGGGGAUAUUUUGUACUGACACCUGCUUUAUGACUGGGUGGGUACCGUACCGGUAUGUGCGGGACGGGACGGGGGCUUCAUGUCUGCACGUGAGCACGUGUGUAUCAAUGUUUGCAUGGCUGAGUGCUGGGCGCGGCGGGUGAGCGUGUGUGUUGGACCCUAGGAGCGGCACCAAGCUCCUUCCGGCUGUGGCUGUGGGCUUCAUCGCGUCUGCGCGUGGCUGUGGCCAUUACCUGUGGCCAUCACCUGUGGCCAUUACCUGCGAUCAUUACUACUCGUUAGCCCGUUCGGGCACGUGUGUGUCGGUGAGGGCACCCAAAAGCACGUCAAGGGCUCAACUCCAAGAAAUGCACACAGCGCACUGGUACGGUGUCACGUGAGGUCCAGCCGUGUGUUCCGGCGGCUACCUGCUGAACUGCUGUUCCCGAAUGGCC